AUGCACCUUCCGCACGCAAGCCCUCCGACACCUACGAUGGCGGAUGUUUACUCCCACAUCCAUGAGUACUACCGUCAGACUCACGGUGACUUGGUGCAGACCGGUUCACCAGCUGUGUUGUGUUCAGCUCUGCCCGGCCACUGGAGGUCGAACAAGUCUUUACCUGUGGCCUUCAAGGUUGUUGCCUUAGACGACGUCCAGGAUGGCACAAUAGUGACGAUAAAGGCUGGCAAUGAUGAAAACGUUAUGGCCGAGAUGAGAAACUGCACGGCGGUUAUGAAAAACCAAGUGGCAAAGUUCAAUGACUUGAGGUUUGUGGGACGAAGUGGACGAGGGAAGUCCUUCAGUCUCACCAUCACAAUCAGUACUUUUCCCUCACAAGUGGCAACAUAUUCAAAGGCCAUCAAAGUCACCGUUGACGGCCCGAGAGAACCCAGAACUAAACAGAAUUAUGGAUAUGGACACCCGGGAGCGUUUAAUCCGUUCCUUCUGAAUCCAGGCUGGUUGGACGCAGCGUAUUUAAACUACGCCUGGGCCGAUUACUUUAGACCACCACAGCUAAGAGAUCAAGCUCUUAUAAAAGGUGGAGCGGCGCCAAUUACUACACCGCCAGUUGCGUUACCAGGAGCUGAACUGUUUCCGUUUCCUCCAAUGAUGGGAACGUUACCUCCAGGUGGACUGAUUCCACCGCCGGGAGCAUUUUUACCACCGAACGGGAUGCUACCAUUUACUCCUCAUCCCGCGGACCUUGCAUUGAAAAAUUUACCGCAAGAUAUAAAGAAUGGCGUUAGUCCUUAUGAUGCUUUAAGGCAUUUCCAAAGCAACGUACUAUCGAUAGACACGUCAAGCGCUCGAUUAUCACCAACAAGUAGUAGACAGAGCGGUAGCCCACGAAGCGUUAUAAAUACCAGUCCAAGAUCGAAAGCUGAUUCAAAAUCUGAAAUUAAUUCGACACACGAAGCAACGAUAUCCGACGAAUCGGAUGAAGAGCAGAUAGAAGUCGUGAAAUCAGCUUUCCAUCCAACGCGACCAGCGAACGUUGAGCUCCAGGAGAUGAAGCAAGUGCAAGCUGCAGAUUCAACCGUAUCGGAUCGACCUCGUGUACGUAAUGAACUUAAAGCACCUUUACACCGUACUACGCGAGUCCUAUCGACUAGUCCGACCUCGACGAAAAUUUCGAACGGUGCUAUUUCAACGCAUAAAUCAGUAUGGCGACCGUAUUAA